AUGGAAAACACAAAUCCUAUUGAAUUUACAUUGCAAGCCAUGCAACAACAAUUUGCAAGGUUUGGAGCUGUUAUGGAAAAUGUAACAGAACGAUUAGAGAGGCUGGAAUUUCAAGCACCACCAAGGAAUGAGGAGGAAAGAGAGAGCGAUGGAGAAGAUGAUCGUACAUCAACACAUCGAAAUGAAAGGCGAGGAGGAGGUAGAAGAAGAAGACAUCAAAAUGAAGUUGAUGGUGACUUGGGAAGCAUCAAAUUGAAGAUCCCAACAUUCCAAGGAAGGAGUGAUCCUGAAGCCUAUUUGGAGUGGGAGAGAAAGGUGGAGCUCAUCUUUGAGUGUCACAACUACUCCGAGGAAAAGAAGGUUAGACUUGCUGCAAUUGAAUUCACUGAUUAUGCAAUAGUUUGGUGGGAUCAAUUGACAACAAAUAGAAGACGCUAUCGAGAGAGACCAAUUUCCACAUGGGAGGAAAUGAAAAGCAUAAUGCGUAAGAGAUUUGUACCUUCUCAUUAUUUUUGUGAAUUGUAUCAGAAAUUACAAUCUAUGAAUCAAGGUACUAAAUCUGUUGAUGAGUACUACAAAGAGAUGGAGAUUGCCAUGAUUAGGGCAAAUGUUGAUGAGGAUAGAGAGGCAACCAUGGCUCGAUUCCUAUGCGGGCUGAAUAAGGAGAUUGCAAACAUCGUGGACCUACAACACUAUGUGGAGCUGGAGGAUAUGGUUCACAUGGCCAUGAAAGUGGAGAGGCAAUUGAAGAAGAAGGGAACCUUUCAAAGGAAUUUUCCAACAAGUUCUCAAUCUUCAAAGUCGAAGGAGUGGACUUCGUCUAAGUCAAAUUUUGGGGCAGCCUCUAAACCUCAAAAUGAUGUGUCCAAAUUCAAGUCCAACGAAGGCGAAAAGGGAAAAGGUAUCUCUAAUUCUACAUAUUCUACUAGAAAUAGAGAUAUCAAAUGUUUUCGAUGUCAAGGUGUUGGACAUAUUGCAUCUCAAUGUCCAAACAAAAGGGUGAUGGUCUUGAAGCCAAAUGGAGAAAUCGAAUCUGAAAGUGAACAUGAUGAUGAUGAUGAUGAUGGUGAAGAUGAUGAACAAUUGGAGGAGAUUGUACCGGAACAUGGUGAGCUUUUGGUGGUUCGAAGGGCUCUAAACGUGCAAAUCAAACAGGAGGAAGAACAAAGAAAGAACAUCUUCCACACAAGAUGUUUAGUCCAAGGUAAAGUUUGCAUGUUAAUUAUUGAUGGUGGUAGUUGUACCAAUGUUGCAAGUGGCGAGAUGGUGGAGAAACUGAACUUAAAAACUGAACGGCAUCCUCAUCCAUAUAAGCUACAAUGGCUUAAUGAAUGUGGUGAAAUUCGUGUGACCAAACAAGUUCUAAUUUCAUUUUCUAUUGGCAAUUAUAAAGAUGAAGUUCUUUGUGAUGUGGUGCCAAUGCAUGCUAGUCACAUUCUUUUGGGGAGGCCAUGGCAGUUUGAUCGAAGGGUGACCUAUGAUGGAUUCCGCAAUCACUACACCUUCAAGGACAACAACAAAUCCAUCAUGCUUGUUUCUUUGACACCUCAACAAGUUCAAGAGGACCAGCAGAAAUUGUCUCAAGCAAGGAGAGCUCGUGAGGUUGAGAGCAAUAAAAGUGAGGAGUUUGAGGACGUCUUUCCUGAGGACGAACCAAGUGGAUUACCUCAUUUAAGAGGUAUUGAGCAUCAAAUUGACUUUGCUCCCGGGGUUGUUCUACCAAACCGACCAGCUUAUCGAGCCAAUCCGGAAGAGACUAAAGAGAUCCAAAUGCAAGUCCAAGAGUUGUUGGAGAAAGGAAAGAUUCGUGAGAGCAUGAGUCCAUGUGCUGUACCGGUGAUUGUUGUGCCCAAGAAAGAUGGAUCGUGGAGAAUGUGCACGGAUUGUCGAGCAAUUAACAAGAUCACGGUAAAGUAUCGCUAUCCUAUUCCUAGGCUAGAUGAUAUGCUUGAUGAGUUAUAUGGGGCAAUUGUGUUUAGUAAAAUUGAUUUGAAAAGUGGUUAUCACCAAAUUCGAAUUCGAGAAGGAGAUGAAUGGAAAAUUGCUUUCAAAACAAAGUAUGGUUUGUAUGAGUGGUUAGUCAUGCCUUUUGGAUUAACUAAUGCACCUAGUACUUUCAUGAGAUUGAUGCAUCAUGUUUUGAGAAAUUUCAUUGGAAAAUUUGUGGUUGUUUACUUUGAUGACAUCUUGAUCUAUAGCAAAAAUGUUGAAGAACAUCUUGAUCAUUUGCGUGCUGUUUUAGACACUUUAAGAAAAGAAUCAUUGUAUGCUAAUCUUAAAAAGUGUUCUUUUUGCAUGGAUAAAGUUGUUUUUCUUGGUUUUGUUGUGAGUGCUAAUGGAAUUGAAAUGGAAAAAGAGAAAGUGAAAGCUAUCUUAGAAUGGCCAAUUCCUCAAAAUGUGGCACAAGUUAGAAGUUUUCAUGGUCUCGCUAGUUUCUAUAGAAGAAUGUUUGAGCUUGAAUGUGAUGCUUCUGGAGUAGGAGUAGGUGCUGUUUUGUUGCAGGAUGGAAAGCCAAUUGCUUAUUUUAGCGAAAAGUUGAAAGGAGCUCAAUUGAACUAUCCAACCUACGACAAAGAGUUAUAUGCUUUGGUAAGAGCUUUGGAAACAUGGCAGCAUUACUUGUGGCCAAGAGAGUUUGUAAUUCACACGGAUCAUGAAUCUCUCAAAUACCUCAAGGGUCAAGCUUGUGAGCAUGCUGCAUUUGAUAAGUUCUAUAAGCAUGAGGGCUAUUUAUUUAGAGAAAAUAAAUUGUGCAUUCCUAAGUGUUCCAUGCGUGAAUUGCUUGUUCGUGAAGCUCAUGGGGGUGGGUUAAUGAUGCAGCCCAAGAACCUAUAG